AUGGCACCCAUCAAUGCUAUCUCUCCUCUCCUCCUGGCCGGCUUCGUCGCGGCCAGGCAAUGCUCUAAUUUCCUCAUUCCUGUCGACAUAUCAUCACGGCAAGGACAAUUUCAGCAGGUUCCAGUAGAAAGUAACUUGGAUGUCGGAGCAUUUGCGACUCGAUUCAACGAAUACCAGAAGAAUUACACUGCAACUCUUCUCCAAGGCUAUCAGAAUUUGCAAGGCAGCUACAAGAUAUCGGCCCAGUAUUGUCACCCCGACAAUGGCAGCAGUAGUACUAUUCAGCUCUUGACCCACGGCAUUGGGUUUGACAAGACAUAUUGGGAUUUGGACUACAACAAUUACAACUACAGCUACGUUAACAAUGCCUUGGAGAACGGUUAUAGUACGCUUGCCAUUGACCGCCUCGGUAUUGGCAACUCAUCUCACGGCGAUCCGUUCAACGAGAUCCAGGCUCAGGCCGAAGUUGAAGCUCUCAACGCCGUUACAACCAAACUGCGCAAUGGUGGCAUCAGCCAGAUCGACCAUUCCUAUAAGAAAGUUAUCCAUGUUGGCCACUCUUUCGGCUCCGUGCAAUCGUUAUGGCUCUCAGCCCUGUACCCUAAUAACACAGAUGGCGUCAUCCUCACCGGAUUCUCUGCUGCCACACAGUUCUUGUCCUACGUUGUCGCUGGUUGGAACCUGCACAGCGCUCGUCUAAACCAGCCCCUGCGCCUCGGCAAUGCCUCCAGCGAGGGCCUACGUGGUUUGGCGGCGCAGUAUGGUGUUACACAAGACGUUGUACCACGUCUUCAGAGAUUCCUCGAGGAUGCUGGGGCCGACCUUACCUCUCAGGAGGUGUGGAACAUUGUGGCAUCGACUGAGGUCCUCGAUUUGAUCGCCGGCUACAACAAGACCGUUGCUCCUUUGAACUACCCAUCUGGUUAUUUUGCCUCGUCCGACCUUACCUCUCUGCAGUAUGCCUUUUUGUUCCCGGGAAACUACGAUAUCGGCCUCGCUGUUGCAAGUGAACAAACCAAGCAGCCAGUUACGGCUGGAGAGCUCCUCACCAUCGGAAGCGCGCCCAAAACAAGCCCUUUUAAAGGCCCAGUUUUUGUCAUCACUGGCGAACAUGAUGUUCCUUUCUGCGGCGGAAAUUGCUACGCAUCAGUUCCAAACGUUACCGCACCCUCCUUUCUUACUGGUGUGAAGGCGGCCUUCCCGUCGGCAUCCGCCUUCGAAGCUUAUGUUCAGCCAGGUGCUGGACAUGGCUUGAACUUCCACUACAAUGCCACAGCUGGGUACCAGGCCAUCCAAGAUUUCUUGGCUGGUAACGGCCUUGCUGCGCGGUAG